UGACUACAUCCAUUACAGUAUUUGAUGAUCGAAGAGGCAAACCAAACGCGUCCAAUAAUUAAUUUGUCCGUGUUUUAUCAACGCGCCGUUAACGUUCUGCCGUUAUAACAGCACAGUUUCUCGAACGACUGCAGCAACGCAACCACGUGAUCGGCAGUCGUUGUCGGAGGGGGAGGGGACGGCGACCGUCAUAUCGUCGGACGCUGCAGUGUAUUGUCUGAUACUUUGAUAGUAGUGUUAGUAGUUGUGCGUUAAAAAAAAAAAACAUCAUUCUACAAAGCAUGGAUUUUCUAUGAACUCAUCGACGGCCGAUUAAACGCGGUACCGAUGUGCGUUCAGUGCGCUUAGACAGAGAGUGUGCGUUUCCGGUUGUUGUCAGGUCCGCGGACUUGGAAAACCGUAUCGUGUGCGCCGUAGUAGCGUGAGUGUUUUCUUUGGGGACUGCGUGUACCGACUACACCGUGCACGGCGUCAUGUCGUCUCUGAGACAAGUGAUGCAAGUCAUCGGCUCGCAUCACAUAUCCAAUCAGUUAUUGGAAUCGGAUUGUGACAAGUCCGGCGGUCUAAUUUCCAAUGGCGAGUAUGCGUGGUUCGCCGCCGGGGCGAACAUCAUACUUUAUUCGAAACGGCUAGGGUCCAUUGUUUCGUCUCGGUCAUUUGCCGCAAAUCAAAAGGACAAAUCGUUGACGAUUACCUUUGUUCAAGAAUUACAUAAGAGCAAGGAAACAACUAACUUACUUUUGGUCGGAUGUUCUUUUAAAUCUUCUGGGAUAUUAUUUAUAUGUCAAUUGCCAACAUUAACCACAAUUCGUUGUAUUCAUAUACCAAAUCCAAUAUCCUAUAUUUCUACAAUAAAAAACAAAACCAUUGCUGAAGAUCAACUUUGCGAUGAAUUUAAACUUAUGUCCACUGUAUUGUUAGUUGGUAUGGCAACUGGAGCAGUUUUUGCAAUUGAUUUAAGACAACAACACAUUGAAAACCAAUUAAGAAGAAAUGAAAUUGUUGUAAAUGAAUUGAGACCUAGUAAGUUAUUCAUUAUAAGGAAAAAUGAGGAUUGCCAAGAAGUUAAAGAAAUGAGUGAUGACAGUGAUUGUCAUUUAGCAAUAUUUAUAAAUGAAAAUUUCUGUAUCUAUUGUAAAAAACAAUACAGUGGUAAACUGAACUUCAGCAUAUCAAGUUUGUUUUAUAAUGAAGAAAUCAAUACUGUUGCCAUUGGAUAUUCUACAGGUCACUUUCAACUAUGGGACUGUAAAAUGAUGCGGACAAUAUAUUUAUUAAAAGAGCCUAAAUGUGUUAUGCCAGUAACCCAUAUUACAUUUCUUGAACCAUCUGAUGAUCCAAACAAUCUUUGUUAUCUUUGGAUUAUUCAAUCAGAUAAUUCUAGACUUCCCAAUGCAACAAUGAUUGCUUUAACAUAUGAACAGAGAACGAUGAUGUCAAAUGGAUGUUUGUCAUAUAAAGUGUACAAAGGAAAUGGCAUAAAAUUAGAAAUGUCAUUACGAAGAGAAACUGGAAUUGGUCGAUGUAUAUCUGCAUUAAGUUUAUGUAAUGUGAACUUGUCCAGAAAUGAAACUGAUAUGGAUGAAGAUUGUGAAAUAAGAUUAUUUGCAAUGUUAAUGGAAAUUCGUCAAAAUGUGGAUGCCAGUCCCGAAUCUUACAUUUUUUUGUUUGAUAUUAACCAGUGGUAUAAAGCCCAGAUGCCAUCAAAUAUAAAUCAUCUUAAAGUAUCAAAUUCUUAUGCUAGUUUUGUGAAAUUGCCUCAUAUUGCCAGUUAUUUAGAUUUAAAUAUUUCUGCCAAAACAUUACGCCCAUUUGGUUACAAUUUUAGAAAUAAUGUUGAAGAACUCUAUUAUCCAUCUUCAAUAUAUUUUGAAUGCGAUUGUUUGUUAGACAAUGAAAUAAUUAGAUUUAAACAUGCUGGCGUUCAACAAGAAAUUUUGGAUCAAUUACUUUUAAAAAAUUGGAGGUUGUUAAUAAAUCCAACUUUAAUAUUCAGCCAGUGUUUACAAACAAAUUUAAGACCAUUUUUUUGGGAUAAAACAGAUGAUUACGUAAAUUAUAGUUUGCCUGAUAAAAGAAGUUUUGUAAUAUCAAUUAUAGUUGAAAAUAAAAUAAUGUCAGUUCUUAGUGCGUGUGCCGAAGAAUGGAAAAAUGGAACUUAUGUAUCUAGUGAAGCAACAAUUUUACAUUUAGUUCAAUGUCUUUGGAAACAUGUCAUGGUUGUUAAACAAUACGCAGACAAAUUAUGUGUUCCAUUAUUUGAUUACUCUGGUACACAGCUGGGUAAAAAAAAUGAAAGGAUAUUAAAUCAUUGUUUAUCUCAAAUGUUGUGUGUUAAACAUUUCCUAGAAGAUUUACAUAAUGCAUACGGUAUUCAUAUAAUAAAUGUUGAUUAUUCUUAUCGUGUAUAUACACUAAAUUUGGUUACUCAAUAUUUUAAAGCAGUAACAUGUUUUCUUAGUUAUGGACUUUUGCCAGAAUCCAUCGAAGAAGAUCCUACUCGAAAAUUUAUAAAAUGUGAUUUUUCAUCUCUUAUCCAAUAUGCUAUUAAACGGCGAAUGGAAUUUGGAGAUUUGCCUUUCUAUCUUAUCGAUGCUUUUGUGAAUAAUGAACCUAAAGGAAAUAAAUUAAUUGAACAAUGGCAACAUGAAGGUGGUGAAGCAACUAAAGGAUUGUAUCCACCUUCUAAUGUCCAAUGUCUAUUGAGAAUCUAUUUGAAUGCUGCACUUUCUAAUCAAAUCAAAGAUUUCAUUACUAUUUAUUUUUUGAUUGACAUCUGUUCAUCACAGGAGAUAGAUGUAAUAACUGCAAAUCGCAUGUGUAAUUUUGCUAUUGAAUUUGAUAUUGAAAAUAAAGGAUUGAAUAGUCUUUGUCGUGCUAGCUGGUUAAUAGAUCACGACAUGUUUGAAGAAGCUAUGGAAAUUCUGGCCAGUAAUAAUGAAUGGAUGGUUAAUGAUAAAUCUUGGGAUUGGUAUCAUUGGACUGUAUUAAAAUUACUUGUGUUUAGAAAAAAAUAUUUUUGGGCACGGUUUUACUUGCAACUCACUAAAAUUAAUUUAGUCAACAUUGAAGAUCAUAAAUUUUAUAUCAACUUGCAAGUAAUGGAAAAUCAAUGUUUCGAUACUUUAAUAUAUUUACGAGCAAGACCCUUCAAAGAAAAACAAACAUUAUUUGAUUACUUCUUCGAUCGAUGCAGAGAAACAAAAAAAUUAAAAUGUUUAAUAGAGUAUCUCUGGGAAACAGAGGAAGCUGAAUUAUUUUUGUCUUUUUUGAAAAGAUUUGAUGAUACUGAAACAUUAAUUUUUCAAGUAUUAUUUUUGUUACAACGAGGAAGACAUAGAGAAGCUAUCAAAUUAAAUCAAACAUUAAAAGCUGGCCUUACAUCAAAUAAUAAUGAUGCAUUAAAAAUUACCAGUGUUUUAAUUGAUGGACUUGAAAAAACUAUUCCUGAUGAUAUAAACCAAAAUUAUAGUCGUCGUAAUCUUCAAAGUAUAUAUAGUAAACCAGAUGUUGUUAUGAAAUGUAUGAACAAUGAAAGUAAAAUGUUUAUUAUGGAUAUGAAUAAAACAAGUCCUUUGGUUAAAAGAAGGAGUGAAUCUUUGACACCAUCAAAUUCAAUUGAUCUUUUCUUACCAGCAAAUACUAAUUUAAGAAAGCGGUCACCUAUAGAUGAUGUAGUUAGUAAUGAAAAACGAAGAAAAUUAGGAGACGAUUCAUUAAGUACACCAAACACUGUUAAUGAAAUUGUAAAACCAAUUGAAAAACAUGUAUUAGAAAUACUUAAUACACCAUUAGUUGAAAAGACCAUAUCAUCACCAUCUAUUACAAGCUAUUCAUCAAUUUUAAAGAUGAAAUUGGCUGCAAACAAUAAACAAAUACUGUCUCCAAGAUCUUCAAUAAGAUUUAGUCUACCUUGUAAUGAUGACGCUACAGUCAAAAGAAAUGAUCCUGAAGAAGUGGUAAAUGUACAACACACUGAUAAUCCUGAAAAUGAAAGUUUUUAUAGUGUUGGUAGCAGUGAUGUCAAUGAUUUAACAAAUCAAACGAUCUCGGAUAAAAUACCAAUAACUUUCCAGGAAUCGAUUAAAGAUAAUUCCAAAAUUAAUAUGAGUAAUGAAUAUGAAAAAAUGGACAUUUCUGAGGAAAAUUCAUGUUCUGAACAAGAACAAUUUGAAAUAGAUGAUGUGUCUGAAAAUGAAAUUAAAAAUAAAGAAAUGGUUUCAAAUUUAGCAAAUGAUGAAUGCAUUAUGUUGACAUCUGAUGAAGAGGAUGACAAAGAAAUGCCAGUAUUAGCAUUAUUACCAAAAAAUACAAGUUCAACUUUGAAAGAAGAUAUUAAACUUUCUACUCCAAAAUCUGUUCCAUCAGAUGAAAAGAAAACCUUAAGCCCACAUUCUAUGACCUUGAAUUCUUCAGGUGUUGAUAGUGAUUGUCUAAUUCCAGAUAUGAAACAAAAUAUAACUAGUAAUGAAAAACCACUAUUAAAUGAAGUUACCACAGACUGUUUAAAACUAGACACAAAUUCCAAUGACUAUGAUCCUGUAUUAAAAACAAAUAAAAAUAUUGAUGUGAUUUUAUUGGAUUCAGAAGAUGAGCACGAAAGUGAUAUUUUAUCUGAUGGUUCAUACAGUGAACAAUCCUCAGAUAGUAGUGUAGAUAGUGAUUUAGAAAAUACAAGGUACGGUAGAUUUAAAUCUCAAAAAAGACAAUAUGGUGAGGAUAGUAAUGACGAUGAACUUGAACAAGAAAAUGAAGAAGAAGAAAACGAAGAAGAUGAAAAUGAAGAAGAAGAAAAUGAAGAAGAAGAAAUCGAAGAAGAAGAAAUUAAAGAUGAUAUAGAGUUAGAUAUUUCCAGAGAUAUAUCAGAACAGGAUGUUGAAGAUUCAGAAGAUGAAAAUGUUUCAGAUCAACAUAAUGAUGUAUGUGAAGAAAGUAAUUUGAAACAUCCUUGCCUGAAUGAUUUAGAUCAACAAAGUGUUAAAUUUGAUGAAAAUAAUGAAGAAAAAGAAAUUUAUCGCAUGACAUAUUUUCAUAGAAAUGAAGAGACUGGAUCUGAAAAUAAUGUUAAAAGAAAUGAUGAUGAUAAUUGUGAGAAUAAUCCAGGACGUGUUUUAUUUAUUAAUGAAGACAAAGAUAAUGAUUUAGAAGUCUCUGAAUAUGUUAAAAAUGAUGAAUGUUCAGAUAAUGUAGCAGACGAAUCUUAUAAUGUAAAUGAAGACCAUUUAAAAGAUUCAGAUGUCAUAAUUGAUGAUGCAAGUGACGAAAAUAACUCAGCAGAAUCAGAUAUCAUUAUUGAUGAUUCAAGUGAUGAUGAGAAUAAUUCGGAAAAACAAGAUGAAAAUGAAGACAAAGCAGAUGAACUAAAUGUCAUUUCUGGUAAUGGAAUGGAAGAAUACAACUUAGACGAACCAACUGACAUACUUGUUAGCAAAAAAGUUGAAAAUUUUGAAGAACCUGUUGUUAUAGUUGAUGAUGCAAGUGAAGAAAAUAAUUCAGAAGAACUUAAUGUUACAAGUGAAGGGAACGAUUCUGAAGAACAAAAUUAUAUAAUUGAUGAUGCAAGUGAAGAAAAUAGUUCAGAGGAAUCAGACGUGUUACUGGAUAGUGAAAACGAAGAAAAGAAUUCAGAAGCAUUUGAAGAUUCAAGUGAUCAUAACAGUUCUGAAGAGUCUGAUUCUGAUGUCAUACUCGAUGAUGAAUGUGCAACAAAUAAUUUGAAAUCGUUUGAAACUUUAAAAAGUGAGAAUACAUUAGAAAAGAAUGAAUUAGUUGACUCUGAUAAAAUGAUAGAUCCUAUUGAUACACAAUCCACUUCUGAAGAGUCUGAUUCUGAUGUCAUACUCGAUGAUGAAUGUGCAACAAAUAAUUUGAAAUCGUUUGAAACUUUAAAAAGUGAGAAUACAUUAGAAAAGAAUGAAUUAGUUGACUCUGAUAAAAUGAUAGAUCCUAUUGAUACACAAUCCAAUUCACUAGUAAAUCUUGCCGAGGAGACUCAUUCUAAUGAUGAAGAUCAGAUAAGUAAUGAAGAAAAUGAGAAUUCUGAAAGUAUUAUAGUUGAAGAUGACAAGACAAAUGAUUUAUAUUUGUUAGAAUACAAUGAUAAUGUUAUUAAAGUAGUAGAAAAUACAGAGGAAGAUAAUAAAGAAAGUUUGCCUAUUAAUCUAGAUGACGUUGUUGAAAAUAAAGAUAAUUUAUGUUUUGACCAGAAUGAAGAUAACCAUUGUGAUGAGUAUACGUCUAAUAAAUAUCAUUCUUUUGAAACAUCAAGAAAUGAGUCUAAUCCCAUACCUGAUGAUGGUUUUAAUCAUCUUACUAUGACUGGAAUUGAAUCAGAUCAAAUAGAAAUGGAUGUUAAUCAGUCGACUCCAUUUAUGUUUGGGGAAUCAUUUUUUGGUCAACAAGAAAUUCCCGAGCAAAAACCAAUGCUUCUAUUUGGUCAUGUAUAUUCUUCUGAAAAUGAACAGUUGAAUGUAAAUGCACAAGUUAAUAAACUUGAAACCCAAGAGUUAGUUGUAAUUAAUACUGAAGAAGAUAAUACUAAUAAAGAACUAGAGGUUGAAGCAGAGGGUGAAAUUCAAGAUAUAUUGGAGCUAGAAUCAUUACCAGAGAGUAAUCCAGACGAUAAUAUUGAUACACAAAACAAUGCUGAAACUAAUAAUUUACAACUAGAAUUCAAAGAAGCUAAUGAAACAUUGUCUGACAAUAGCCAAAAUCUUUUAUUAGGUAAUUCCAGCCUUCAAAAACCUAUUUAUUUUGGAAACAUUGAUUGUGUACAAGUAUUUGAAAUUGAAGAGCAAACUUCGAAUGUAAGUGAAAAUUUAUCAAAAGAGUCUCUUGAACUGGAAAAUGAAGAUUUGACAAAUCAAGAAUCUUGUGACUUACUUACUAUCAAACAAAUAAAUCAAUCCGUGCCCAAUGAAUCAGAGGAUCAAUUUAAAAAAGAGGGUAUUCUACCAAAUAAUGUCGAAACUUUUGCUAAAAGUUCUGUUAAUACAAUAGAGACAACUGAUUUAUCAUCUUGUAUCAUUGUAAAUGAUGUAAAAAUUUGUUCAAUACCUCAAAGAAACAUUGAAACAACAACUCAACCAAAACACUUAAAGAAUAUCAUUGACAUACAAGAUGAAGAACUUAAUUCUAAAUGCACUACAUCAGUUGUGUCUUGUUCAUCAACCAUUGAACAGUUUGAUAAUUUCAGUGAUAAUGAUCAUCUAGUAAAAUCUAAAGAUAUUACACUUCAACAAGUUGAUACUAAUGUUUUAACUUCUACAGAAGAAAAAUGUUCAGUUGACGAAGUACAAAAAUACUAUCCUGCUUCAUUUGACCCCAGUAAAAUGCUAACUAAAUUUAAUGCUGAUAAAAGUGUAAGUGAAAAAAUUGAGCUACCAUUUGAAAAUGUUAAAAUAGAGUCCGCAGACAAUACUAUAAUCCCGCAAUGCCCAGAUGUUCCUAGUAAUAUUCAAAAUCUUGACGAUAAUCUCAUUGAUAACAGUGUAAGUGAAAAAAUUGAGCUACCAUUUGAAAAUGUUGUUAAAAUAGAGUCCGCAGACAAUACUAUUAUCCCGCAAUGCCCAGAUGUUCUUAGUAAUAUUCAAAAUCUUGAUGAUAAAAAAGAAUUAAAUUUAGUCGAAAAAUUGGAUAAUAGUCAUCAGGAAAACUGUCUGGUUAUUCCACAAGUUGAAAACUAUAGUUUGCGUUCGUCUUCUAGAAGAAGUAUAUCAAAAAUAAAAAACUGCUGUUCAUUGGAUGUUCCUCCCAAAAUAGAACAAAAAUUAACAUGUGGCAAAAUUAAUUUGUCAUCUGAUCCAAUUCAAGAAGAUAAUUUAAGUACACCUUUUGUUAUCGAGCAAAUAAAGAAAGCCAAAUCGAUUCCAUCAGCGGAUACCAAAAUAAUAACAACAAGAUCAAGAGCUAAAAGUGAACCUAAACAAGUUCAAUUGGAAACUAUUUCUUCAAAUAUUUUCCGCAGUUCUGAUAUGGUUGAAGAUAAUAGUAGACAAGUAAGGGUAUCAUUAUCAAAAAAGAAAUCUAAGAGCCAAGAAAAUAUUUCAUCGAUAAAACGCAGAAGUGGACGAUCAAAAUCUUUAGCUCCCGUAGAUGAAUCAAUAGCUACUAAUAGAAGAACUGUGUUUGGCUUAGAAGAAAUACCUGAAGAAGAUACUUCAAAUGCGGAAAAUAAUAUUCCAAAAACUGAAAGUACAGCAUUAAAAAGAAAAUCAAAAUUCAAUUUCUUAACUAAUGCAUCGAAAAAAAUAGAACAUAAUAAUUUAAGCACAAAAUGUCAACAAAAUACAAAAAUAAGAACUCCAAGAAGAUCUAAAUCCGUUGAACCAGAUCCUGUUCUAACAUUUUCUGUUGUGAAAAAAAAACCAAAACGAAGUUCAAGUGUAAAUAUAUUAAUUUCAAAUGAAGAAAUUCCUACUCAAAAAGAUGAUUUAAUAGGAGUUUUAAAAAAAGCAUUGAAUUCGCCCAAAAAAAUUAGAAAACGUUCAGUUUCGGAGUCACUCAAGAGUAGAAAAAAACAAAAAAUCCUAAAUGAAGUUGAGGAAGAAAAAAAAGAAGUUGCUGAAUCUGAAUUAAAUUCAAAUGAGUCUUAUCAAAGUAAUCACAAUUCUAAUUCUUCUUAUUCUUGUGAACAAUUAUCACCAAUAGCUGGAAACAUUUCUCAGCAUAUGUUGUAUACUCCAGCAAAAAAACGUUCUAAAAUACGUAUGGCCAACUUGAAUUCUGAAAAUGAAGAUUCUUCUUCAGAUGAAUCAACAGACUCCAAACGUAUUAUGACUAGAUCAAUGAUACACAAUUCUAGCAAUGUAGAAAUAGAUCCUAUUCACCGUACACUUAAGAGUGAAAUCAGACCACCGGUUAAAUCUAAAGUACCCAUUAACAGACCGAGAAGAUCGUCUGUUAGCAACACACCCAAAAUUAAAUCUCCAAGAAAAUCAGCUACAUCUCUAUUUGAAAAAGAGGAAUUAUUGCCUAAACGCAAAGCUAAAAAUAUAAAGGAAACAAUCGUUCAUGCACCAAUAGAACCAGCAAUUGUUGAACCACCUACUUCAGAAAGACGUAUGACACGUUCUCAGCAAUCAAUAUUAGAUAAAUCAUUACAGUCUACAUCUAUCAUCGGACAAGAUACAACAAUUAAUAACACCACUGUGCCAAAACCAGAAAAGAAAAGAAAUGUUAGAAAAACAAAUUUAAAAAAAAAUUAGUAAUUAACAUUAAUAUAAAGUUAAUAUCUUUGUUAAUAGGAAUAUAUUUUUAUUUAUUAAUAAAAAUUAAUCCUAUAAAUUACCUAAAACUUAAAUUCUGCCGUAUUUUGUUAUUGUACGUAUACAUGUUUAAAUUUCAAAAAAUAGAUUUUCAUCUUAGCUUAGCUGUGGUCAUGUAAGAUUGUUAAAAAAAUGUAAUAUUAAAAAUUAAUUCAACUGUAUAAUUUCAAAAUUUGACUUUGAAUUUUAUUAUUAUAUUUAUAAUUAUGUAUGUUUGAUAUUGAAAUAAAUACAUUUUUUUAGUAUCACAACCUUAUUUAAUCAUUUAUGUUUUGUAAGUUUUGGUUAUACUUUGAUUUUUGUUAAUUGUUCACAUCUCCAUUCUUACUAGUUUUUUAAAGAACAAAUAUAACCAAGUUAUCAAAUAACUUAUUCCAAUGAUAUAAUGUGUAUUCAUUUAUUUCUGUACUUAAAAUUAUAUUAUUUAACUGUUAUAAUUAGGAUACAUUUAUAUUUGUAAUGAACUAUUACAAAAAUUGGAUUAACAUUAAAUAAAAUAUAUAACUUUGAUGUAAAAUUGCAA